UCCACGCGCCAUGGGUCAGCUAGGGGCUAUGGGGGCCGGCGAGGGACGCGUCCGGGCGGGCGGCUCUGCUCCACGCGCCAUGGUUCAGCUGGGGGCUGGGCUGCUGCUGCGGUGGCUGCUGGCACGUGGCUGCGUGGGGCCGGCCUUGCAGUGGGGAGAGCGGGUAGCGGGCGGCGGCGCCCGGGCCUACAGCUCCACGCCCCCCCCGGAUGGCCUCGAGGGCCCGGCGCGCCGGCGCUCCUACUGGCGCUACGUGCGGCGUCUGGUGCAGGGAGCGCCGGAGCCGCCGUACCCGCGCGUGUGCCAGGUCGGGGACCCGGCGCUGCGGGCCGUGGCGGCCCCGGUAGAGCCGACGCAGCUGGCGGGACCCGAGCUGCAGCGGCUGGUGCAGCGGCUGGUGCAGGUGAUGCGGCGCCGCCGCUGCGUGGGCUUGAGCGCGCCGCAACUCGGAGUGCCGCUGCAGGUGCUGGCGCUCGAGUUCCCCGAGGCGCUCUUCCGCGCAUGCGCCCCGCGCGUGCGCGAGGCCCGUCAGAUGGAACCCUUCCCUCUGCGCGUGUUCGUGAACCCCAGCCUGCGUGUGCUGGACAGCCGCCUGGUCACCUUCCCCGAGGGCUGCGAGAGCGUCAGCGGCUUCCUGGCCUGCGUGCCCCGCUUCCAGGCGGUGCAGAUCUCAGGGAUGGACCCCGGAGGAGAGCAGGUGGUGUGGCAGGCCAGUGGGUGGGCAGCCCGCAUCAUCCAGCAUGAGAUGGACCACUUGUAGGGCUGUCUGUUCAUUGACAAAAUGGACAGCAAGACAUUUACAAACAUCCACUGGAUGGAGGUGAAUGACUAAAGCUUUCCUGCUGCAUCUGAGGACCCUGAAAACCAAGACGCAAACACUUCGGCUUUAAGCUGGGCAUGUCUUACCUGGCAUCGACUUGGUAUUGGCUCUGCUCUGACAGAAAACAAUGGCCUGUCAAAGCAUGCCUUCCUGAGUUGGAGGAAGAUGUUAAUGUUUGCCCUGAAAUGAGCUAUGGACAAUGUAUUGCCUUCAACUUGAGAAGAAAAAUAACUCCCCUGAAGGAGUGGACAUUUCCUGGCAAUUUUGUAUGGAGAUAAAGACGGGGCGGGGGCAAGUAAAUAGCCACUCUCAGUAGACAUGAUUUCAGAAAAGCUGUAUCAUCUGUUCCCAAAGCCAAGAUUAGAUAAUGAUAUAGUCCCAAAACACCUGAAAGCUGUGUUUAAAAAUGCGGAUUAAGGCUGUGGUUGAUCGUCUUCACCAAGUUCUUACGUUUACAAAGGGCUCAUGUGUGUUACCUGCAUAGUCUCCGUUUGUUUUGGAUACCAGUUUGCCUGUGGAAGUAAAACACAGGACAGAAUGUCCCCAGUUCAAUGACAAAAUUAACUGAGUAUUCAUACAUUUUAACAGGUUCAGAUACAGUUUAGGUCUCCAGCUUUUGCUUUCCACCUUUAACAGACCUGGGGAAGACUUUUCUGCUGAGAUCUCUUAGGCAGCUGGUACUUGGCUCAUUCUUUGGAUGAAGGCCGUGGAGCAGGGCUGGGGGAGGGGUGAUAUAGGUUUCCCCCACGAUCUGAAAGAAGAGUGUUCUGAUGAAACCUUUCCUAAGCUGAAAUAGCAUAAAUUGAAGAAGCAGUUACCUUAGGACACAUCUUGCUAACAGAUGCACAAAAUAAAUGGAGAUAAAGCACAGAUGCUCACACAUACAGUUCAAAGCUAUGGUUGCUUGAUGCUGAGCGUAGCUCCCAGGGAAGGAGCUUGGCGGUGCCACUCUGGCAGCUCUGAGUGCGCACUGCUUCUAUAAUGGCUCACUGCAAAACAAAAGCUGAAUGCUGUUUCAGCUUUCACCUUUUUCGUAGAAGUGAAAAUCCUCUUCAAAUUUCUUUCCAUUAGUGAAAACAGGUACUAAUACAGGUCUUUCAUAAAAGCAACGCAGUGUAAUGUGAAGUUUCGAAAAGUGGGGGACGCCUCUAGUUGAGAAGGAGCAAAGAGCCUCUUCCUGUCACAAUUAGGGCAGAAACAGAAAGCAGAACUUGUGCUUCCUUGUCACCACACUUAUUUUGAAAAAAAUAAAUUAGCAUCAUGGUGA